AUGUUUUCACGGUGGUUACUAUUGUUCUGUUUAUUAAUAUUAUUAUGCAUAGAUGCUGCUCCACCAAAUCGGGAUACGGCAGAUAGUUUACAGAAUGUUGACAAGCAACGGCAAUGGAAAGAGGAACAAAGACAAAGGGAGGAGGCACAGAAAGAAGGGAUAGCGAAAUAUGUGAAGCAUGUGAAGUAUCUGGAUACCGUGCUCAAUAUCUUACGAACAACACCGCAGUGGAACGAAAUUAUGCAAACUAUGACACAAGAAGAAAUUCGGAGUGGUAAAAUAGCUGAAAUGGUCGAUAAGUUAGAACCGCAUAUUAUUGAACAGCUACUGAAGGCUAAAAAAUUGGAAUUGCGCCGUUUAGAAGAUGAAAUGAAAAAUCAGUCGAGUGCAGAUGGCGGUGCUCUUCAUAAUAUCGAAAUACCAGAUCAUUUGGAUUUCAACAAUUUGGAGACAUUCAGCCAAAAAGAUCUACGCAAACUUGUCGUCAAAACAGUAGCUAUUAUGGAUGAACUGGAACAAAAACGAAGACAGGACUUUAAACAGUAUGAAAUGAAAAAAAGAGCGGAAGAAGAUCAUAAAAUGGCACAAAUGAUUGAAACGGAACGAGAGCAAUACAGAAAACAAAUGGAAGAGCAGAGGCGGCGACAUAAUGAGCAUGAGCCAUUGAAGCAUCCAGGAAGUCGCAAUCAAUUAAAAAAGGUUUGGGAAGAUACUGAUAAGCUUGAUAAAGAUACAUAUGACCCAACAACACUCUUUGCCUUGCAUGAUAGAAAUAAUGAUGGUUACUGGAGCUAUGAUGAGUUGAAUAGCAUCUUUUUACCAGAAAUCGAGAAACUUAAUGAUUUUUCUGACCUUGAAAGGCUUGAGGAGUUAUAUCGGAUGCGUGAUCAUGUAAUGAAACAGAUGGACACAGAUAGUGAUCAUCGUAUUUCACUUGCUGAAUUUCUUGCGGAUAGAGAGGCGCAAGAGGAAAAACAGGAUCAAGGUUGGCAAGAUAUUGGCGACAAAGAACAAUAUACCAAAGAAGAAUUAGAAAUUUUUGAAAAAGAAUAUGCAAAGCAACAAGGAUGGGGUGAAUAUGCCUAUUCGACACCUGUGACUACUCCUAAUCCUGGUCAAAUGAAUCAUCCUAACCAAGUACUAGUUCAGAGGUUUGAUAGACCUGCCGACCAGCGUAGUAAUAUGGACAUACAGCAAUCCCACCAAAUUCCAGUGCAACAACAUACUAAAUCUAUUCAACCUGGGCAGCGACACCAGGUGGAUGAGCAGCCGAUACAACAGCACAUUGACAGAACUUAUGGUGUCUGA